GAACGCGGCGCUGACGUGCCUCCAUUUUGUGUGGGUCGGUCCGUUUCCGUGUUUCCGAGCAGGGACCGAUUAAACGGUAUCAGCGGGGAGUAUGGCUCUGCUCGCAGGUCAGGAGUGCGGGUAAAGUUUUCCGUAGCUGCCUGAAACUGUUAAAACUGUCUCCUAAACGCAUUCAGCGGUUUGCUUUGUGAGCUGUAUUAUCUCGGAGACGUCUUGUGGGGAGAGCCAGACAGCGCCGACACUGACAGCUGGGAAGUAAACAGCUAACAGCUAACGGCUAACAGCUAACGGCUAACGGCUAGCUCCUGUGUGACCGCCACUAGCUGAGCUGGUAAACCGUCGACAGCAGGCUAACGUUAGCCGGCUAACCUGUGAGUGUUUUUGGUGGCGUUAAGUUACAUCACCGCGACCUGCCAGCACCCUCCCAUCCUAAUUUUUUGUCAAACUGCUCCGACCACAGAUUGCCACAACGGCACUUUCCAUUCAUGUUGUUUUGGAGGGCGAGACUGUCAGACCUCCUCUUCUUCGAGACAGGGACUCAGUGUGUGUGUCGUCCCAGCUGAGACGGUGAAGUCACCUGCCCUUACCCCACACAGAGAGGUGCCAACAGAGGGACAGGAUGCCUAUUCCUCCCCCUCCCCCCCCUCCCCCUGGACCCCCGCCCCCACCCACCUUCAAUGAGGCGAACACGACUCCCCCCAAACUGAGCUCAACGGAGGCGAAGGGCAGAGGAGCUCUGCUGUCUGACAUCUGCAAAGGCGCCAAGCUGAAGAAGGUCACUGCGAUCAAUGAUCGCAGUGCUCCCGUUUUAGAGAAAUCAGGAGGAGGUGGCGGAGGAGGAGGAGGAGGUGGUGGUGGAGGUUUGGGAGGUGGAGGGCCAAUGGGAAUGGGGGGCCUUUUCCAAGGAGGUGUGCCAAAACUACGCCCAGUUGGAGACGGUCCAGCAGGUGGUUCAGUGGGCAGAUCCGCACUGAGGCCCCCGGGGUCCCGACCCACGGCCCCUCGCCCUCCGACGGGCCGCUCCACAUCGCCUUCCCCAGCCAACAAGCCCUCUCCAUCUGAGCACCAGCGCUCCCACCGGCCCUCCCUCCCUGACAUCUCCCGCCCCUCCAGCAGCAGCAGCUCCACAGGCAGUGGGAUGAAGCACAGCACCUCCGCCCCGCCCCCUCCUCCACCCUUCAACAGGGGUGUUCGCGGCAACGCUCCGCCUACCCCCAACCAGAAAGCACCUGCUCCACCUUCCACGUCCUCCUCUCACAGCAGAGAGAAGCCCCUCCCCCCAACUCCCAACCGAGGUCCCGCCCCUCCCAGCUCCGUGAAGCCGCCGCCGUCUUCCAGCAGACCUCCAACAGGUGGCUCCUCCGCUCCCCCGCCUCCCCCGCCCUACAGACCUCACACAUCUGUUGGCGUCUCCAAUGGGCCUUCCUACAUAGACGGGGGCGGUGCCCCGGAGCUGCCACAGAGGCACAACUCCCUGCACAAAAAGCACACAUCAGGAGGCGGCAGCCAAGGACGCAGCCACGCCCCUCCACCUCCUCCUUCACCUUCUCCAUCCUCUCAGCAGGCCGCCAGACCACCACCACCUGCCAGAGAGCCACCUGGACGCAGAGCAGCUCCCCAGGUGCCCCCUCCCGGGUCUCGUAACGGCACUCGGGACGCGCCUCCUCCCCCGCCCCCGUACCGUGUCAACAGCUCUGCCAUCUCAGAGUCCCACAGCCGGGUGGGAAAACCGCCGCCUCCUCCAUCCUCUUCCUCCAUCUCAUCCUCCUCCUCCCGUACCCCGGCCGGGCCCCCUCCACCUCCCCCGCCCAUCAGGAACGGCCACUCCGUCAUCUCCUCCUCCAAGUCCAUCAUUGAUGAUUUUGAAUCCAAGUUCAACUUCCACCCCAUCGAGGACCUUCCACCUCCAGAGGAGUACAGACAUUUCAACAAGGUCUACCCCAGCAAAAGCAACAAGGCCAUGAUGAGAGGAGCUCCUCCGGCGCCACCGGUGGGGAGGUGAACGGGUCUCAGCUCAGGACUUGAACUCUCAGUCUGCCGACUCUGUGGACGGUCAGGGGGUGAAGAAGCACUCGAAUCACAGCCACACUACAGCACAAACACACACACACACACAGAUUUAUACAAACACUAAACCACCAGCCUGAAGCACAGUGGCCAAAAAAGUAAACACUACUACACCACGCAGGUUUGACACUACUCAGCGUCACUUUCUGUCUUUGAGCGAGAGAAUAAAAACCACUCGGAGGCGAGAAACAGACUCGACCUUUGUGACUGUGACCACCUCGACUUCUCCUCUGCUGACUGGACGUGGAGGCUUCUGUUCGACGCUACAUAUCAGGACCAAACUCCAGACACUUCCAAACCUGUGCAUUCCACCUUUUUUUAUGUAUAAUCAGAAUUCUGAAUAACUUCUUUCAUUUCCUUUAUUUUUAUUCUUUUUUUGGUGUCAGCAUUAAUUUGUGUGGGGAAAAAUUCAACACUGAAUGGAAACUCUUUGAAUUUGUGUUUGAAUUUUUAGCAAAUGAAUUCCACUCGAGUCUUCCCUUAAAACUGGUAAUGCCAUGAAUGUGGGCGUAUUAAUGGAUAUUAUGAUGAUGAUGAUUAUUUCUUUUCUUUUUUUUUUUUUGUUUUGGUUUAAAUCUUUGAUAGCCAUUCCAGCAGAGUGCCAGGUGAGGGUGCGUUCGAAUCAUCUCUCUGUCUCAGUGUGCCAAAAGCGGGUGGAGUGAACUAAACUGCAGUGAGGACAGUUUCCACAUUUGUUUUUUUAUAUAAAACUAAAUUCUCUCUUUGAUCGUGGACAGAAUAAUUACAGAGUUUGCCAAGCGAUGACAGAAGCCUUACCUGGUUGUUUAUUUUUACAGUCAGGUGGACUGUUGUUUUGUUUUUGUUUUUUUUUUAAACCCUCUACUUUCCUUUAUUUUUGGGGUGUUUUCAUUUCCAUCUUCAGGCGAUGUUGCACGGCAGCUUAACUGCUAAACCGAGACACUGUGCACGGCACUCAUUAAUGCACUUAACACAUCAGGAUUCCAUUCACAGCGAUGAAACACAAAACAAAGCGAAAACAGCAGGAUUCCUCCCUGAUUUGUCCCUGAUGUGUGGAACUGUAGUUCAGAUAGCCGUCAUCUUUCUCCAGACGCACUGUGGCUUCUGUGUGGGGCCGCCACGGAGCCCAACACUAAAUUAUUAUUUGUUUACUGGACCAGGUUUUGAUGAUUUUAGCCGUGGGUUUGUUUGGGAAGAGUUUAUAAGGGAUCGUAUGUCACUUUCUACAGGAUUCCUCUUCCAGGGAAGCUCAGCUCCGUUCUGAGUCCAUGAUUUUACUUUUGCUGCUGGUUUGCCCUUUAAAGGACUGUUUGGCCAGAGGAAGACGUGUUGUUGUUAAAUUGCUAUGCAGUUUGUACAGAUUGUAGCUGGUAGCAGCUAACCAAAAAAAAAGGAACACUUAAGUGCCAGAGAACUGUUUAAGCAGAUGGAGGUUCUUCACUACACUUCUCUUUGAGCUUGACUCUAAAACACUAAUGACAUAGUCAAACUAAGAAACCAGAAUGAAAUGCUUGUUCAGGUCACUCUCCGUUCUCAGUGAUGCAGCGCCUCCUGCUGGUCCAUGCCUUACACAAACCUGUUGUCACACUCAUCGGUACCAGUGCUUUUUUUUUUCUUUUCUUUUUUUGAGGGAAGAUGACGACAACAAAGUAAAUAAGAAACAGUCUAUUUGAAAAUGCAAUAAAUAUUGUAUAUUUACAUUAAGGAAUAUGGUAAUCAUAGUUAUUGAUCUAUUUUUGUGUUGUAAAAAAAAACCUGUAAUAUAGGAAAGAGAAAUGAUUAAGAGUUAUAACAAUGUUCCAGUCGAUGAGCUUUGGUCUGAUAGAGCAGACUCUCUGCAGCACUUCUCUGGAUGUUUGACCGCAGGGGGUGAACGAGCUGAACGGUGUGUGUGAGGUUUUGCCAAAAUCCAGUCGGCGGGUGAAUGUGGUGGCGGUGACAACACAAAAAAAAUAAAAACAACAACGAAUGGAACUACACUUCCUGUCCUGGAUGCGCACUCACCUGGACACACAGGUGACCCGUCACGUUUGUCUCCCCAUGUUCUCACCUUGUUCACUGUGAAGAGCAGAAACCCUGAGGUCAUUUCAUGUUAAUCAACAAUGUUUUUAUCAUUUGAAAUAAUUUCAAAUAAAUGUAUUCCUGUCGGGGGAAAAGGG